AUGGACGCCGAAGCUAGACCCACCACCAAGAGGAUAUCCUACGUUCUUCCUCCCUGCCGAUCCCCACCGACUACAUUUGGUCUUCCUCCAUUGGGCGCCGAUCGUCGCUACAACACGGGUCCUCUGCUGAUCCCACCAUCUCGCCCUUACAACGGUAAUGGAGCCUCGUCGUCAUCCAUAUCAUCAUCAGAGUCGAGUAGAUCGACACAGUCGAACGCUACCUCUGCCUCUCAUCCGCAACACGCUCUAGCCGUCUCCUCCCUCGCCAUAGACGCCACAACAUGCAUCGCCAGCUCCAGUGACGACGGAACAGAUCUCGACAUCGAUGCCCAUCAUGACAGCGAAUCAGGUCGCUUUGCUGACAAAAGCGAGCCUAUGCCUGCAGGCAUUCUUUACACUGGUGGUCGUGAUGGUCUCGUCGGUGCGUGGGAGCUCGGCCUGCCCAUGCGCAAGAGGACGGCGCAGCGCAUCCAGGCUCACGACAGCAUGGCCGAUUAUCACCAAGAUGAAUCCAUCGGCUUGCUUGCCGAUACUUCUGCCUUGCCUGCUGGCACUGACAUCGACGCACUCACCUACUGGCAGGCCGAUCCACUCAAGGCUCAUCGCGCCAAGUCAACUCGAUUCCGGCAGUGCGUUCAAUCGCACACGGACUGGAUCAACGACAUCAUCCUCUGCAACCAGAACCAGACCCUCAUCUCGGCCUCGUCCGAUCGUACUGUCAAGGUGUGGAAUCCGCACGACCCUCAGCACAGCCUCAGUCCGCACGUCCUUGGCACCCACAAGGACUACGUCAAGGCGCUAGCCCAUGCCUCCGAUUCUGGAUACGUAGCUAGCGGUGGCUUUGACAAGUGCAUCAAGCUGUGGGACAUCCGCGAAGCAAGGGCCGCGCCGAUGUUGGAGCUCGAUGACAAGGCUGUGAAGACGUCCGUCUACGCACUCAGCGUCAAUCCGAGUGGAUCCGUCAUCGCUGCUGGCUCACCCGAACAGCACGUCAAGGUGUGGGAUCCUCGCAGCGGCAAGAAAUGUGCAGAGCUGGUCGGACACACCGACAACGUCCGCACUGUCCUCGUCAGCGAAGAUGGCCGCUUCCUCUUGUCAGGCUCCGCCGAUUCCACUGUGCGUCUCUGGUCACUGGGCGAACAGAGAUGCUUGCACACUUUCACGCACCACGAUGACUCGGUGUGGUCGCUCUUCUCGGACCAUCCCACUUUGGACGUCUUCUACUCGGGCGACCGUCAAGGCUACGUGUGCAAGGUCGAUUGGGAGCGAUGCGCCGAGGUGUCCGAGGGCGAAUGUGUCGUUCUCUGCCAGGAGCGAGACCCUACAUUCGACGAUGGCCGGCCGGACGAGAAUCACGAACUGUCCAACCAUCAUCACCCAGACUUGCAUAGGCGCGAUGCCAAGUCCGGCAUCCAAAAGAUUGUGGCACUCGACGACACGUACUUCUGGACCGCGACAGGGCAGACGAGCGUCAACCGAUGGAGGGACGUGCCGCGUCGCUCAGAGAGGGAAGCCAUCUAUCCCAUCGGCGGUCUGCAUUCUCGGGUGCGGGAUCCUUACCGACGCACUUCCUUCGGUAGCCCAAGCUUGAACCGAAACAGCAUCGACACGGGUCGUUUCCCCGACUCCGAGCACGCUCACCAACCCUCGGUCACAUUUGCAGAGCCGUCCGUGGCAGAGCUGCGAAGGGACUCGUCCGCUAUCAACGGUGCGGACGCUGCGACCGCCUCAGCGCUCUCAGCACUGCAGACCGGCAUGGGUCUCCCACCGGCAGACAUUCCGCUCGCCGCCACGUUGCAUGGCAUUCCCUUCGACAGUCUCGUCAGUCUAGCCCCCGUCAGCGAUCCGUACGGCGACAAAAUUGGACUCGGCAGCGUAAGCGUGCGUGACCCUCGCAGCAACGCUGAUGAUUCCAUGUUUAGCGGCGCACCUCUUCGUUCCAUUGCCAGCAGGAUGUCGAUGGACCAGUCCAGUAUCAUGAUACCGAGCUCAGCAAUGCGGUCCCCGGUCAUCCCGGCCAUCAAUCCUCAGCUGGCGCAGGUCCAGGCCAUGAACACGCCUCAUCGCCCAGCCAGCACGCGCUCUGGCAGUCUCCGCUUUGCGCCCACCGAUCAGAUGUACGAGCCGGAAGGCUUGGGCAAAUCGUGGGACAGUGGAUCCGACAUGGAUGCGUCGCCGACUACCAAGCAGAUGGCCAAUAUGCGUCUGGACAGCUCUAAGCAAGACGCAGACGACGUCGAUGACCGAGCGUACCAAGCUCGCCUGGCUUUCGAAGAUCGAGAGCUGGCGCCGGACGCAACGCCAUUGCGCCUGAGGCCGGACGCCGUCAUCCGGGGCUCGCACGGCCUCAUCCGCUCAUCGAUGCUCAACGACCGUCGCCACGUGAUCACGAUCGACAGCACGGGCGCCGUGAUGUUGUGGGACAUUAUCAGGGGCGUUUGCCUCGGCGAAUUCGAUCGCGCCGACGUAGAAAAAGCAGCGCUCGAGUCAAAUUUGAUUCCAUACACAUUCAUGCGCAAAUGGCGGCCGGAGCAGACGCCGGGCGACACGCUCGAGGUGGUCAAGGAGCGGAUCGAAGGACAGGGUGUCACACCACUGUGGUGCUCUGCAGAGACGCGAGGCGGUGCUUUGACGGUUCACAUCGAAGAGCCGCGCUGCUUCGAGGCAGAGUUCUACAUUGACGAGUUUGCGGAUUGUGUCGACGCAGGCAACUUCAAGGAGGACCAACGUGGGCAGGUGGCUCGUUGGCUUUUGCGCAACCUCUUUGCUGGGUUUGUGGAGGCAGAGAGCAAGCUGCGACAGGUCGAAGUGGACGACGACGGCACACCGCUGCCACCAGAGACGCCCGCAUGGGACAAGAUCGUGCGCGCUCAGAGAAGCGGGCCCUUCACACCGGGAAUGACGAUGGGACUCGCAACUCCCGCCAAGACUCCGGCUCUGACGUCGAACACAUCGAACGCGCUCUACCUGGGACUCGCGCAGAAGAACGCCCCUGGCUCAGGCGAUCGCACUGCGCUACCCACGACGACGACCAUGACAGGCAGUCAGAGCGGUGGUGGUGGCGACUACUUCUCCGCCAAAGGCACCAUGCCUGCCCAAGGCGCGGAUAAAAUGCCGCCCACCCCUGGUGUCCGUAUUCGCGAAGCCUCUGCCAAUGGCACCGACGAGAUCAAUGGCAACGUCGCCAACCCCAAUACCGGCAGUGGCUUCAUGAACAAGUUCCGCUUUGGCAAGAACAAGGACAGGACGGACGCACCGAUCGACUCGCUCGAUAAAGCACGCGAUGCAGCCGCCGCCGCCACGCCGACCGACGAGACACGCAAGGUUUUGACGCACAGUCAGAUGCUGGAUGAGCUGUUCAGCAAGCCACUUGCGCCUGCGUCGCUGGACGAGAUGCCGCGCCUGCCUUUGCCAGCGGAUACAGCGGUGAUCGUUUCGCAGUCGUCGGCCGACGCCGGGUCGUGGGAGGCCGUCUACCGUGGUCUCGUCAGCUGUACGGGUGACGAUACCGAGGUGCUUGAACACGCCGCGCCGCUGUGGCUCCUCGACUGUCUGUUGAACAACCACGUCAAUGCGCGCGAACCGGUCAAGCUCAGCUUCACCUUGGCGCCGUGGAAGCCCGCCGACAGUCGCGCCGACGGCUUCGGUGGGUACGACCUGACGACGCCCCAACCCAUGCCCGAGCUCCCCACUGGCAACGCACGCUUGACGGCCACGCGCUGUCUGCGCGUCAAAAAAGCCUGCCUGUACGUCGCGGAGAAGCUCGAACUGGCAGCACCCAGGUCCCGAGCGGUAAGCAUCAACGCCAGUCGGCGAAACAGCGUCGAGGCCAUCGCAAAACCCGGUGCAUUGAGCAUGACCAAGGCCAACACUUCUCAGGACGAAGGAGAAACACUGGCGCCGCACGAGAUGAUCGAGAUUCUGUGCAACGAUGUGGUCUUACCCGUAGACGUGACGUUGGCCCAGUGCCAGAGGUUCUUCUGGAGGACAGGAGGGGAUAUUCGGUUGGAGUACCGGAUGAAGAUGCCUUUGUAG